GCAUGCCAAACUUGGCAGCACUGAUAUCUUUCUUACUAUCAUAUAGGACGCUUUCCCCAAAACUUCAAUUCAAAAGUGCUUGUGAUCCCACACUUACGUUCAAUAUCUCGUUGCAUUAUCACUUUGCUCCUUGUACAUACCCAAACAUAGCUUAUAGAUAACGAUACUACGUGAACCGUACAUAGAUACCCAGUUGUUCCUUCCACGGCCUCAUGCAACUUUCAUACCCAGUUCUUUUAUCAGUCCUUCUGGCACUGGCCGCCGCCUCGAAUUCCGGCGUGUUGAAGCUAGAAUUCAACGUCCAUAGAGGCUCUACCGCAGAUUCGGCCAUCUUGGGCGCGCAGCCGCAGAUUGUUAAGAGAGACGUCAACGGAGUUGCCACCAUGGACCUUGCCAACGAAAACACAUUUUAUCUUUCUACUUUAUCGGUGGGCUCUACCGGUCAGCAGGUUGGGGUGCUUGUGGAUACUGGCUCCUCCGAUCUCUGGAUCAUGGGCAGCGAUAACACCUACUGUACAGGCGGUACCUCUGGCAAAGCGUACUCCAAGUCUGUCUCCACCAGCAGGGAAACCACCUUCCGCAGCAUCAAAAGAGAAAUGGUUUCAUUUUUUGAAAAAUUUUCCGUUAACAAGGCGGUCACCAUUGACCCCAACUCUAUGAUCGACUGCAGCCUCUACGGAACGUUUGACAAGUCGGUUUCUACCUCCUUCACCAGCAACAACACUGACUUUUCGAUCUACUACGCCGAUAAAACCUUUGCGACAGGCACAUGGGGCCAUGAUAGGGUCACCAUCGGUUCGUUGGUGGUGGAUAAUUUGUCCUUGGCCGUCGCUGACCAGGCAAACUCCACCAUGGGGGUUUUGGGAAUCGGAUUAUCUGGCUUGGAAACUACCUACUCCUCCUCGGGGGACAAGACGCGGUACAUGUACCAGAACUUGCCGAUGAAGAUGAAGGCGGACGGUUUGAUCCAGAAGAGCCUCUAUUCCUUGUACUUGAAUACCGCAAAUGCGUCCCAGGGCUCCAUCUUGUUUGGCGGGGUGGAUCACUCAAAGUACUCUGGAAACUUGGUCACCGUGCCCAUUGUUAAUUCGUAUGCCAGUCUGUACGACAAGCCGAUCAAGCUUGAGGUGACGUUGGACAGCGUUGCUUACAAGAACAGCGUGGUGACCUCGAAUUCCACGACUGUUUUGUUGGACAGUGGCUCCACCUUGAGUUUCCUCCCGGCGGAUGUCAUCAAGACCAUUGUGUCAACGUUGAACCUUGAGUAUUCUAGUACAUUGAAUGGAUACACCGCCCUUUGCAACGCCUUUGAUGGCCAGAACUUUGACUUUGAGUUUGCGGGGACCAAAAUCAGUGUCCCAGUGUCGAAUUUCUUUAUGCAGUUGUCUUUGACGAAUGGGAAAAUCUCCAACUCCUGUGGAUUUACCAUUCAGGAGUCUUCCCGUGCCGUUUUGGGGGACAGUUUCCUCAGAGGGGCGUAUGUGGUGUUUGAUUUGGACGACUAUGAAAUUUCGUUAGCAAGUGCUAAUUUUGAUUCAUCGUCUGAGGAUAUUGUUGCUGUUGUUUCUACCAUUCCAUCCGGGGGUGCUUCUAGUUCUAGCUCAUCCUCCAGCUCACCCUCACCCUCAUCCUCCAGCUCAUCCUCCAGCUCAUCCUCCAGCUCAUCCUCCAGCUCAUCCUCCAACCCACCCUCCAGCUUAUCCUCCAGCUCAUCUGCCAAAACAUCAUCCACCGUCGCAUCGUCUUCAGCAGAUUCCAGCUCAAACUACUCUACCGUCCUGGACCAAAACUCUUACAUAGUUUCCUCCCAAAUCACAGAGAGUGCAAGUACCAGCUCAAGCUCCAACUCCAAUUCCAACUCCAGCACAAAUUCCAGUUCUAAUUCCAAUCUCAGUUCUAAUCCCGACCCUACCAGCUCUUCUGCAAGCUUCACACGUUCCGGGGUUUCUUCUCUGAUCACCACCAGAUCCAGAUCCUCGGACACUACCACAACAUCCACCUCUAGCGAAUCUUCGACGUCUUCUCGGAGUAGUGCCUCUUCAUUGACGGCUUCUAACCGGGUGGCUCCUUUAUGCAUGCUAGGAUUCCUUCUCCUUACUUUCCUGGUUGCAUGCUUAUAAGUUUAUGUUCUCCCUUUCUUAUCCUUGUAAAUUCCUCCCACUUUUAACCUCUUGCAUUUAACCUCCAUACUUUCAUUAUCUUUUUAACCUUCAGCUUAAGUGCUCAUAAACGAUCCAAUAUACUC